AUGGUGUGCCUGACCUGCGCCGUCGUCUGUUUUUUCGCUGCGACUAUAAUAUUCAUAGUUAUUAGGUUUGAUUUUUUGAAAAGAAUCCAUCUAAAGUCUUCUUCGCAGAUUUUUGAUAGAGCUUCUCCCAGCACCAGGAAGCAAUAAGGACCGCGCGGUUUUCAUAACAGGCUGUGACACUGGAUUCGGCCGCGAGCUGGCCAAGAAGUGCGCCAAGAACGGCUUUACAGUGUUUGCCGGAUGCUUGACAGAACAAGUAGUUACACGAAACAAAAGAAGCUGAUUUCGACUGGUUCAGGGAGGAAAGUCGUUGAAAAGCGAAGCACCGAGCAUCCACGACGUGCGUCUUGAUGUGGCCAGCGACGACAGCGUUGCCAAGGCUUUGGACUACGUCAAGAAAAACUUGGGCAGACUGAGUAGGAGCUCUUUCCUCGGAAAAGAACAAGCUAGAGACAGAACUGUGGGGCGUCGUGAACAACGCUGGAAUCUUCUCUUGCUACGGUCCCGACGACUGGGUCCACAUCGACGACUACAAACGUGCCUUCGACGUAAAUACUCUCGGUGUGAUCAGAGUCACGCACGUCAGUCGAGUUGGAUGGAUUAUCGAAUAUCAUGUCCGAUUCAGGCUUUCAAGAAACUGGUCAAAGAGGCCAAAGGUAGGAUUGUUACCGUGACCUCAGUCAACGGUCGACUCGUUUCUCCAGCCAGCGGGCCUUACGUCGUCUCCAAGUUCGGAGCCGAAGCCUACAUGGACACUUUGAGGUGAUCAUUUAUAGAAGCUUGGUUGAUUUUUUUUAGACAAGAACUGUACCACUUUGAUGUGAAAGUUUCGAUCCUGGAGCCAGGAAUCUUCCGCACUCCUUUGCUUGAUGAAAAGGCAAUGAUAGAUCGGGUCGAAGGGGUAUCUUUCAAAAGUUUCAUAAUUCUUCAAACAUUUCAAAAAUCAGGUUUGGUCUCGAUUAGGCGCGGAAACUAAGAAAGAGUACGGGGAGAAUUUCAAAAACUAUUGUGAGAUUUUCCUGGAGUUUUCUUUUUCUAUUCAAAGUUCUCUCAGUUGCUACCACCUGGAACAAGACAUACGUCUCUAUGAGCACGGACAAAAUCCACUACGUCGUCGACAACUAUUAUCACGCUCUAACAGCUCGUUUUCCUCGUCACAGGUAUGUUAGCACUUUUCUCAUCUUUUUUGAAGAUUAAUAAUGACCUAUACGGGCUGCUGAUCAAUUUUUACAGGUACUAUUGUGGCUGGGACGCGAUCCUGACAUUCAUUCCUAUUUCGCUUCUGCCGACGUGGCUCUCAGAUUUUGUCUUCCGCUGCCUCGCCAAGCAGGAAGUCGUGCCAGCCUCUCUCCAACAGAAACUCAAGAAGAAUCUUUGA